AAAGAUUCAGUCAGUUAUCUGUUGUCUUGCCAUAAAAUCGUUGGGAAUAGAUACUAUAAGUGAUAAAGUGAGGGUCGAGAUUUUUUAAAAAGAUUGUUAUAACUUUAAAAUUUUAUAAUAAAUAUAUUUAUUGUGAUAAAGAUUUCACUGUGUUGGAAGAAAAAAUUUAAGAUACUUGUUAAAUCUAUUUCGAUUAAUUUAAUCAAAAAGUGUUAAAAAAUUAAAGUGAUCAUCGAACAAACGAGUAUUUUUGGAUAUUAUCUUUGUUCAAACAAAAGAACACAAAAAUGGCUUCAAAUAAAGCACUUGAAGAAAGUCUUGAGAUUUUGAAGGGCGCAAAAAUUGAUGAAUCAAUCGACAUGGAAGCACCAGAAUUCAAAGACUUCGCCAAAGAAAUGGUCGACUACAUUGCCAACUAUUUGGAAAACAUUCGUGAAAGACGUGUCCUUCCCGAAGUCAGUCCCGGAUAUCUGCGACCAAUCAUUCCAGAUGAGGCUCCCAUUAAACCCGAAAGCUGGCAAGCUGUUAUGUCAGAUAUUGAACGUGUUAUCAUGCCCGGUGUCACCCAUUGGCACAGUCCUAAAUUCCAUGCAUACUUUCCCACAGGCAACUCCUACCCAGCGAUUGUGGCUGACAUGUUAAGUGGAGCCAUCGCCUGUAUAGGAUUCUCUUGGAUUGCUAGCCCGGCAUGUACUGAAUUGGAGGUAGUCAUGCUUGACUGGUUGGGAAAGAUGCUUGACUUACCUGAGGAGUUUCUUGCUUGUUCAGGAGGACGAGGUGGUGGUGUUAUUCAAGGAACAGCUAGUGAGGCUACUUUGGUCGCAUUACUUGGAGCCAAGGCCAAAAAACUUCAGGAAGUAAAGAAAGAACAUCCUGACUGGGAGGAUAGUGUAAUUCUCUCUAAAUUGGUUGCGUAUACAUCAGCUCAAGCCCAUUCAUCCGUUGAAAGAGCUGGACUCCUUGGCGGCGUGCGAUUUAGACUAGUUGAACCCGACGAGAACUUCCAAAUGAGAGGUGAAGCUUUAGAAGAAGCCAUCAAACGAGAUAUCGAAGAUGGACUCAUUCCCUUCUACGCUGUUGUCACUCUUGGAACCACAAGUGCAUGCACAUUCGAUCGAUUGGAUGAAUGCGGACCAGUAGGAAAUCGCUACGGGCUCUGGGUCCAUAUUGAUGCUGCUUACGCAGGCUCAGCUUUCAUCUGCCCUGAAUACAGACACUUAAUGCGAGGCAUCGAGACAGCCGACUCCUUCAACUUCAACCCACACAAAUGGCUGCUUGUAAACUUCGAUUGCAGCGCUAUGUGGCUCAAGGAUCCAACUUGGCUCGUAAACGCUUUCAACGUCGACCCAUUAUACCUGAAACAUGAAAUGCAAGGAUCCGCACCUGACUACCGCCACUGGCAAAUCCCAUUGGGUCGUCGCUUCCGUGCUCUUAAGCUGUGGUUCGUCCUUCGCUUGUAUGGCAUUGAAAACCUCCAAGCACACAUUAGACGCCACUGCGGAUUCGCUAAGCAGUUUGAAGGACUCGUUCUUAAGGAUCCCCGUUUUGAAAUCGUAGCCAAAGUUCAAAUGGGAUUGGUAUGCUUCCGCCUAAAAGAGUCCAACGAGCUCAAUGAACAGCUCCUGAAGUCCAUCAACUCCCGUGGAAACGUACACAUGGUACCAUCAAAAAUAAACGGAAAAUACUUCCUGAGAAUGGCGGUUUGCUCAAGAUUCACAGUUUCAGAGGAUAUGGAGUACACAUGGAAUGAAGUCAAAGCAGCGACAGAAGAGACUCUGGCGAACAAUAAGCACUGAGUUGAAGGAUAAUUGUAGAUUUUGAUGAAUAACCUGUGACAAAUUGUUGCGCUCUGAUACAGCUCUCUGAGAAACAAUAAUAUUAUAGAAAAUUGAUUUUGUUGUAAGUUUUAAGGCUUAAAAAGUCAUGACCUAUUUAGGGACCAGAAUAGAAUCAAAUAUAGAUUUUGUGUUAUAAUUUUAAUUAGUGAAUAUUGUAAAUAUGCAUCGAGUAUUUAAGUUAAGUUAUUUUUGCUAUUAUUUUAUAAAAUAUAUUUUAUCAUACAUAUAAAUAUAUUUAAUAAAUUAUUGAUUGAUGUUGCAUCGAA